AUUUAGUUUAUCAGCUGCGCGCCUACCGGCAUAACGUGCGCCAUCCAUCUCCUCAUAUCCAGCACUUCGCGAACCCAUCGGAAAAAUCGAAUAAUACUCAUAAUCGCAGAUUGCAAACUCAAUCCCCCCCCCCUUACUCCUCGACAAAUACUCAAUUUUGCAGCAGAAAAAAAUCGUUAAGUUGAAAAUGUCGUCCAAUUCGAGAACCCUUAAGGGCGAGGAUUGAUUUUGAAUUAAGUCGUUUUUGAUCGAGCUAGAUCGUAUCCCCCGGUUUUGGGAUCGAGAGUGAGAUCGUCUGUGUGUUUGUGUAAUGGUGACGGAGCUUUACAGUUUUUGCAUCUUGUUCAUCGGAGAAAAGAAGAAGCCGAUUAGAAGAUAUUGGAUCGUAGUGUGAAGCGGAGUUCGGAGGCGGUUUGAAGCGGCCAAUUUUCCUCCCCAUUAUUCAAUGGGUUGAAAGCAAUUGUGGAUCCAAAGCCUGGUGGAACUGGCAGAGGAAUCAAAUUUAAAAUUCAGUCUACGUUUUUCUCAAGUUCUGAGCCCAGCCGAUACGCGAACGGAGAACAAUGCUGAAGGUAGUAGGAGCUUCCUGGAAUCAAAUUCGGCUGAGCUGGUGGCUGCUGGCUGGUGUGGCGGUAUUAGGAAUUAUCACCGUAUAUUGCGGAGGACGCCCAAGUGCGGUAGCAGAUCGUAACUACGCUGCAACCGUAUCUUGGACUCUUGGCAGUGGUUACAGAUGCGAUUAUUUUGGACAGAAUAACGCACCAGAUUCGAUCAAAAAAGGCGUUGCCAGGGCAUACUAUCAAUCCAAAAUGGCCGAGACUGGGUUCGCUGUGCUGGAAAUCGAGACUCAAAAAGAAUACCCGGAUUUCGUGCAAGCCUACGCAGCCGGAUACCUGGAGGGAAGUCUCACCUGGCAACUGAUUUACUGGCACUGGCAAAACACUGUCCAAAAAACAUGCACCGAUCGAGAGGACUUUUGCGAGACCAUCAGGACUGCCCUCGCCAAGAACACAGACUACAUCCGACAGAGGGCCACUCGACAUCACAAAACAGAUCCGUUUUGGCAUCAGAUAAAACUAUUUUACGAUCAAUUGGAUGGUCUGAUGUAUGGUUACUUGGCUGGAAUCAGGAGGGCCAGAAGCAGAAACGUGGAGGAAUUGGACUUCAUCGAUUUCCUAUGGAUUAACAUAGCCUCAGAUCUGCGUGACCUGGAGAAAAAAUUCAACAGUUCUCGAGAUUUUAAUCCCUCGAAACCGUCUUUGGCCCUUGCAAUCGUCAAACUACUUCCGGAUGAUAUGAGCAAGUUCGUGCUCGGCCAUUUUUCAGCUGGAUCGUACAGCGGAAUGCUACGCGUUCAGAAGAAAUACGCUUUCGGAUAUCAUAGAACCGGGAGUCCUGAGUCAGCAUUGGCGCCAGGCCGAACUCUUUUGUUCUCCUCCUACCCGGGCUCACUGCACUCUCAGGACGACCUCUAUUUGAUUGCAUCGGACAAAGGAAAAAAGCUGUUCGUCAUCGGCACGGCCAUUCAAAAUUUCAACACCUCCUUAUGGGACCGCACCGACCUCUCUAACCAGAUAAUUGUCGGACCCCGCAUUUUAGCAGCAAACAGACUAUCCGUGGAUGGAGAGAUGUGGUCCACAAUGGCGGCUCGUGAAAAUAGCGGAACCGGAAAUAAGCAGUGGCUCUACUUGAAACCAGAAAAGGAUAAAAUCAGGAUAUGGGUCACGGAGAUGUUGCCGGGAAUUUCAAAAUCAAAGGAAGUAACUCAAAUAUUGCGGGAGAAAGGAUUCUGGAUCAGCAGCAAUCGCCCACAUUUUCGAGAGCUGCAGUCGAUCAGUAAGGUUGCGGAGCUUUCCACCGAUAACUCGACGAAGGUGACACUCGACGGAAGUGUUCCAGUCCCAGAACUAAGCGAUGUCAACCCCGCCGCGGACACGCUGAUCCAAGGCCAAGCCAACGUGUCCGACCUGACCUCCCUCAUGACCAUGUUGAGGAACCCCGAUGUCUCCAUCGUGGGCCGCAGCGACCUCCUCGGCGUUCGCGAUUCCGCCCUGUUCUACAGCCUCCUCGGCCAACUCCACCCCGAAGAAAAAGAACAUCUCGCCAACGACACCCUCACUCUUAUCAACAGCCUCCCCACCAACGCAUCGAACGAAACUUCCAGCACCUCAAACCUGACGCACGUUAUCGACACCUCCGCCAACCUCACGCUGAAGAACCUUGAACCAGCUUUGGCUGCCAAUCUGGUGAAGAGUAUCGUUGGUUAUAACCUCAUGAAUACUACAAAUGACCUGCGCAAUCUUACGAAGGAAAGUCACGAGUCUUCUGAUACUGCUAGCCUCUUGAAAAUCAUACUUGGUCCCACCGGUGCUAACAGCCGAGAUCCUAUCGACCGAGCCUCAAAUAAAGCGGUCAUCGGUGAAAACGCGACGAAGAGCAAUCCUGAAUCCACCAGUGCUGGUGAUCAACGAAGAAUGAAGGAUGAGUCUGAAGAAAGGGUUAUUCUGAGCCGUAAAGAUCCUGCCCAAAACGAACUGGAUUCAGAGUGGACGUAUGAGAAGACGUCGAAUGUUAGUGAAGUACAGCUGACUAUCCAGAUCAAAGGCACACAGACAAUAGUGAAUGGUUCUAGUGAAGACGUUUUUGAAAAUGGUAACGAUGCGGCCAGUCCAAUUGGGGGAAACAGCGAUAAAAACCAAGAGCCGAAACAAGUCUCCAAUAAAACGAGGGAUUUGCGGAUAGAGCCACGGCAACAGGGAUCUAAGAUCCUCGAUGAUUCCUCUGGAGAGUCUCGAGAUAACAAGAACGAAGAAAAGGCACAAACAGAUAAGCCAGCAGAUGACAACGCAGGAAAUGCGCACAAGGACGUAGCCGUGCCUACAAUACAGCCUCCGAAGCCACGAAGACCAAAAGUAACUGAUUCUUUAGAGCUUUCUCGGGAAAUUCAUGAAAUUUUAGAUCGAGCCAUGCGCACCAACAAAGAAGUCUCUGACAGAUCGAGGAUUCCUGCAGAAAAUGACGACAUCUCUGCGAGAUUAAAUCCUGAGGCUCAAGAAUUGUUAGUCAAACUCGUCGGUUCCUCCGAGCAAAUCGACAGUGUGAGUAUCGAAAAGGAUUUGAGAAAAAGAAAUAUCAAAUCAAAGCCGCAAAUUCCCGAGCCUCAAGGAUCUCGAAGUCGUGAUGAUGGAUCCGACGAAAGUUUAAACAACGGAAACAAGUCUGAACCUACAAUAAGCAGCGCAGUACGGAAUAACCAGAGUGAGUCGUCGGGGAUGGAGGACAGUGAUGACGAAGAAACGAUGCAGAUCGACAGCAACGGUGAGGACAGCAGAUCCGAUUCCGAGCAAACGGUGGAUCUGUCGUUGCAAAUCUCGGGUCGGCUGGCGCUCAUGAUCGGAGGGGGCGCUAUGGAUGACGUAGGCUCGAACGUGGACUACAACGGACUAAUCGACACAAAGGUGGUUUCCAGCGAGUUCGAUUUCCGAGUCGCCGCGGGCCCCCCCUGGGCACCGGACAGGGUGGUCGAACCCUUCAGCUGGUCCACGAGCUUCAUCAGGAACUCCCCGCACAUCGGCCAAGUGGACACGUGGGACUACGAUUUCGCACCCCUGCGCUGGGCCUGGCCUGUCAACUUCAACGAGACCUCAGCGUAAAGCAUGAGGCCUUCGAAAAGGCAAUACUCACAUGAUAACAUGGUCCCUGGGCUAGUCAAAUAUUGACCCUUGAAGAUCUUGUUACACGAUCUCGUAGUUAAGUUCCAAAGAUCCUGAAAACAAAGAACGCCGAGAUUGCUCAUCUACUAUUUAAACUACAUUUUGCAA